AUGACUGGCUGCAAGUCGGACCACGAGAACGAGCUCGGCAACUAUCAGAGCUAUCUGAUCUCGUACGUGGGUGCCGUCGACGUGGCUUCGACGGGCGAUAGGAACGGGGGCACGGGCAUCCGCAGAACCGUGGACAUAACGCAGAUAAUGGAGAUGAUAGACGACCAGCGACCACCGCCACAGUUGGGAUGUGGAUAG